CCGGCCAGGGGACAUGGCCACGCCCCCGCUGAUAAAUAAUGAAAACAUGUCGUCCGCCCCAUUGAAAAUAAACUCUGAAGUUAGCGAAACUCAUCAUAGAAUUCUUUAUCACAACACCACGCGCGCUUGUCUAGUUGUGAAAUCUGUUCGCUUUCGCGUUUAGUUUCGACAAUAGUUGAAUGCACCGGGCAUAUCGUGGGGAGUCGCCAUAAUCUCGUCUGAGAAUAUCGGAGAUAUCGGGAAUAUCCAGACAUCGAGUUACGGUUACGUCCACGCAGAACACGGAUACGAGAGGCGAGCGAUAGUCGGAGCGGUAGAGCGGUAGAGCGGUAGCGGUACGAAGCGGUACAAAAUUUUGGAUUAAAGCCUACUUUUUCUCGCAACGCGUCCCCACACAUACACGACCAAAGUCAACUACAAAUAAAUCAAAUAAUUCAAUUAACUGAUUACCCAACAUAUUCCGAAGAAAGUAAAGAGGAUAAGGGCUGAAAAAAGUGAUAAAAAGUGAAAAGAAGAAAGGCCCGACACAAAAAAUCAACGGGCGAGAGAUCGCGGCCGUGGAGAGUAGAAACCAAGUGCUUUUUAUUUGUUGAUGUCCUGCAUGCAGGACACGCGCUAAGCCUGUCCCAGUAAGUGCUUCAAAAUUUACUCGCCAACCACUUUCGACGCCUCCAGGGCGUUCAAGCUGGAGGAGGACUUCGUCGGCGGCUGCAUGACAAUGUCGAUGUACUCGACGACGGAUAAAAUGAAAAUGUCAGCGCCCAGUUGUUUUCCUGGACGCUACAGUCCCUCCUAUCGGAGUUCGGAGCAGAUGCGCCGCUGCAUGCCAAAUCCAUCUAGUCGUUUGUUAGAAGAUGCUUCCCUAUUAUGCAAUUCGUGGUCAGCACGUCAGAAUGGUGAUAUCUUUGCGGGCAUCAACGAUGGGAUCCUGAGCAGAGCGGAAGCCCUGGCAGCCGUCGACAUCCAGAAGCACCAAGCCCAGCAUGUACAUAGCCAAAUGCCCUCCCAGAUCAAGCACGACGUCAUGUACCACCACCACACAAUGAGUGGGCCCCCGCAACGUCCCCUCCAGAUGCACCACUCCAUGGAUCAGCUGGACAUGCUGGAUCCGACGGGCUCGAUGACCACAUUGGCGCCCAUCUCGGAGUCCCCUCUAACGCCAACACACCAACACCUGCACGGUUCCUAUCACAGCAUGAAUCACAUGAUGAGCCACCACCAUCCGGGCACGUUAAGUGGCCACACGGCGGGGCACCAUGGACACUCAGCGGUACAUCAUCCUGUUAUCACGGCGGCAGUGGCAGCCGCUGGCCUGCAUCCUGACACCGACACCGAUCCCCGAGAGCUCGAGGCGUUUGCGGAGCGUUUCAAGCAGCGGCGUAUCAAGCUGGGUGUCACGCAGGCCGACGUGGGCAAGGCCCUGGCCAAUCUAAAGUUACCUGGCGUCGGCGCGUUGUCGCAGAGCACCAUCUGUCGGUUCGAGAGCCUGACACUGUCCCACAACAACAUGAUCGCCCUGAAACCGAUCCUCCAGGCGUGGCUAGAGGAGGCCGAGGCGCAGGCGAAAAACAAGAGGCGCGACCCGGAUGCGCCCAGCGUUCUGCCGGCGGGCGAGAAGAAAAGGACUUCCAUUGCGGCACCUGAAAAGCGUUCCCUGGAAGCCUACUUCGCCGUCCAGCCGAGACCAUCCGGUGAGAAAAUCGCUGCCAUUGCCGAAAAGCUGGAUUUGAAGAAAAACGUGGUGCGCGUCUGGUUCUGCAAUCAACGCCAAAAACAAAAACGUAUAGUUAGUAGUGUAACACCAUCAAUGACUGGCCACGGUUCGGCGGGAUUCGGAUACUGAUAGUCGUUUAUGACGGCGGCAGCAGCAGCAGCAGCGGCGGCGGCAGCGGGAGCGGGAGCGGUAGCGGGCGGAGGAGCGGUAGCGAUGCAAAGUGCGGCAGGAUCAGCAGGAUCUGUCGGAUCAUCGUCGUCAUCAUCAGCAACAGCAGCAGCAGCAGCAGCAGCAGCGGCGGCGGCGGCAGCAGCAGCAACAGGCCCCCUCCCGGGCGACUAUUACCUUUAGUGAUUCUAAAUCUGAUUCUGAUUCUGAUUCCGAUUCCGGUAUAUAGUAUACAUAUAUACAGAUAUAGAAAGAAACCAAAAGAUCCAGAAGCGGCAGCAACGAACAACAACAUCAGCAGCAUCAGCAACAUCUGCAACAUCUGCAACAUCAGCAACACCUGCAACAUCUGAAACGGCAAUAAACACAGCGACGUUGAUCCUUCUUCACAACUCUAACUCUCUUUCUCUCUCUCACUCAAUAAUCAGCCAAGCCAGCAAUAAAAUCAGUAAACUUAAUAAAACAGCCAGAAAACUAAAAUAGCAGCAUACACCAGAAACUAUACGAAUCUAAAGUCUAAAGUCUAAAGUCACUUGUCCCGCACCCACCAGCCCAUGUCCUGCUCCCACAUCCUUCCCCACACCCACGCCCACAACCCAUUUUAAGAGAAACUCUCGAGUAUAAAAGUAAUAAUAAAUCGAAGAAAAUGAGAAAUCAAGAUGAAGGCAAGAAUACAAGAAUUUUUUAGGAACGAAUAAUGAAACAAUGGACCAACAUAUCAAACGCAAUAAUUUAUUGAAUUGUAUAAGAGGAAAAG